GGGGUAGUGUUGUAGGGGUUGACACAUUUUCUGUGAAGCUAGCAAACGCUGGACAAGAGAAGACAGUGCAAGUGAUUUGCGAGUUGAAAUUAUUUGUAGUAUUUUUAGUGGCAGUGUUUUAAUUUGUCUGAGAUGAUUGCCCUCAAACUCAUCCCCAUCGCCCAAAUACUUUUAAUUUUAUUCACUGACCUAACUCUAUGCUACCCCAGCAGCUUCUAUAAUUCAAAACGUCUAAGCCACUCUAUCCAUAGACCAAGUUAUGACCCUUAUGAAUACUAUGCUAGAUCUCAACGUUAUCCAUACAGCUACUAUCCCAGCUACACUCAACUGUAUCCUGAUGAUUACUACUACAAUCAAGAUUCUUAUCCUAUGUACUACUUAUCUCCCAGACCUGCAAGCUAUGACUAUUUACCUUAUUACUAUCAAGAUGUACCUGGAGCAAAAAAUACCAAGUACAAUAAUAAUAAUAAUAACAAUAAUUAUUAUAAUUAUGCCGAUCUUAGUACUGAAGAGCAGGAGAGAUUGCUUCAAGAAAUUGAACGAGAGCAAAGAGAACGAGCUCAACCUAUUGGUCACGAAAUAAGAUAUGAAAAUGAUUAUAAUUCUGAUGCGGAUGCGAGUGUUGAUGAAACUAAUGCUGCUUUUCUAAAUAACUUAAUGAUGCAACAAAUGUAUCAAGAUUCAGUAAUUAAUAAGGACAGAAUUACGUCUGCUCCAUCAAGAUUAUCCGAUCAGUAUCCCUAUGCAGAUUUCACUGCUGACAUGCCCUAUUGGGAAGACGUUCCCUAUGAUCAUCCAGUAAAUGUAGAUAUCGACGAAGAUGUUAAAGAACUUGAAGAAUUACCAAAAAAACAAAAACAACGCAAAAACAGACAACGUAAACAGCGCAAACAAAAAAUUGAAAAUAUCAGCAACGAAAAUCCUUCAAAAAGAAGUCAAGAUGAUGCUGUAGUCUACACUGACCGCAAGCCUAUUGUAAAAGACGUUCCAACUGUAUCUGCUGAUACGUCUAUUAGGGAAGCUAGAGGACAAAAGGAAGAAGUUCUAAUGAGACCAGCAACACCGGUUAGACAUCCAUUUUCAAGUUCAGUUUUGGACAUGUUGAGUCAGCAACAGAAGCAAGAAGAGAAAAAGAGGUCAACCCCUUCAGUCUACGAAACCAUAAAGCACAUGUUGGAAAUGGAGAAGAAGUAUGAAGAGAGUCAGACCGAGCCUAAAUCUGAAAUACGACCCUCAAUGAAAAAACGUAUUGUGUCUAGUGAAGAUAGCUUAACAAAACAGCUUUCGGUGCUGAAAAAGGCACAAUAGAAGGUAUCGAGAAAAAACAAAUCAAUGUACAAAAAUUUCUAGGUCUAAGUUAAUCGUCUAUAUUCUUGGAUAUCGAAUUAGGAGAUAAUUAAUAAUCAAUAUUUCAAAAGCCAAACAAUUAAUCAUUAAUCUUCAAUAAUUUCCUAAAUUUAUCUCAUAAUUCCUUUAACAGAAUAUAGAUUAGAGCUGUAGAAGAAAAAAAAAAAUGAUAUAAAGACUGAUCAAAAUGUAAGUAUUACUAAACUAUUAGAGACACUUCAAUAUGCUGCUUUUAAAAUCAAUCCUUCCAAUUUAGAUAGGCCACUGUGUAGAUAGCAAAAUAGAAUAAAUCAACAUAAAUAUAACAUCCUAAUCAAAAAUACAUAUUCAAUUAUAAUUAUUAUUAAGUACAUUAAGAUGCUGCUUUGUCUUUAGAAAAAAAUGGAACAUUUCUAUUCUCAAAUUAUUGUACAUAAUUGUAAAAAAUAUGGCUGGUAGCUUAUCUGUGUUAAAAUAAUGUAGAAUUUUUGUUAUAUUUUUUUUUCCUUCAUUAGAUGAGACAGGGUAUGUCGUUAUAAACUUAGAAAAGGGUGUGAUUUAUAUACCUACCUAUAUAAACAAUUUAAAUAUUUUACCAAAGCAGGAAAAUUUACUACUUGUCCACCCUGUAUGAAGUUAAAAGAUGUUAUUAAAAUCUCAAAAAUUCUAAUGUUAAAUUAAUGAUUAAGAAGUUUAGUUCUCAGAAAUUGCAGAUUAAACCUGUGAUACAGAGAAACAAGGACUGUGCAUGUUAGUAUACAUUUGUUUAAAAGUCUUUACGACUCUUGACCGAAAUUAGAUCAAGGAUUUUUUUUUUUUUUUUUUCUCUUCAAACGAAACAAAUUAGAAAUGUAAAAUUCUGACAACAGAACCUUGAGCUGAAAAUACCUGCAUUAGAUUUCACUGACAAUAAAUGUUAACAAAACAAAUGGUUAUUGUAAAUACUAGACCUACUUAUCUAUUUUACCAUUAUAGUUAGUUAGUUGACAGAUGUUAGAAGCUAUUUUACUCAAAAUAUAUUUAUUAUGCAACAAAAUGACAGAAAAAUACAGCACUUUAUAAAUAUUUUUGUAAAUUAUAAUGUAGCGUCUUAAACCAGAUGAUAACAAACUGUCAAUAUGAAUUUGUAUUAUAGCUUGAGCAUUUCUAGUAGGGACUUAGUAGUCUAUUUCUAUCUUUAAAGCAACUUAGAUUAUCAUUUUUGUAUCAUCUGAUUCAUGACCAAAAAAUGUGCUUAACUGCUCUAUAGGUAUAUGUUUAAAUAUAAAGUACACUUAAUGAUGUCUAGAAAUAUAGGGAAGCAAUACGUUUCACAUCUCCUAAACAGUAUCCUGAGCAUUCCACCAUAUUUUUAAACUGAAUAACGUAUUUGCUUCAAAGUAUUUUGAAUUUGUUGGGUGUAUUUUUGAAAUUAUAUUUUAGAAUCGAUGGAAAUUUUUUGUAAGAAUUGGAUAUUACAUGAUCAUUUGCCCUAAUUCAAGUGAUCAAAGUAAUAAAAUCAGUGUAAGAUGACGGGUGCAGAGGCGCACACUAUUGUACAUAUCUCUUCAUAUUUUUUUACAAAUAAUGUAUCUAUAAUUAAAUAUAUUUUGAUAAUAUUAUAAAAUUAUAUCCUAUAAAUAGCUAAUGUACGAUAACUAUUGUUAGUUAAUAAAAUCAAUUAUUAAACAAUUUGAUUGAUUUAAGACGACUCACGCUGACGGGUGUAUAAACUAUUAUAUCCUACUGACUGAAAAUAAUAAAUGUCAAUACGAAAGUUGAA